AUGGAUACGUCCCUCCGCCCCCAGUUUUUCAUUUCUCGUCAGGAUGGCAGCCUUACCGCCCUUAUUGCAGUGGAUGAACUCCCCCCGCACAUGUCCAUUCGUGGCAUCCCCCGCCUCCUGAAUCAGAACGACACCCAGGGCAUGACCAGCCUGGGCAGUGCAAACCAUCGUGGCCUGUUCUAUUCUGUUGACCAUUUCCCUCAGAACCCCGGCUAUGCAAUGAACAACAUCUGUGACCAAAAAGCACUGCCUCCAGGUCCAAAGAAUGGAAAUCGUCAUGGAAAAGACCUUUUCAAGAAUAAUCACUCCAAUCCCCGUCAGGCUAAAGGAUGUGCUAAGAAGGAAUAUUGCUCAUUUUGGCUUCGCCAUGGAGAAUGCGACUACCAGCAGCAAGGCUGUAUUUUCAAGCACGAAAUGCCCCGCGAUCCCAUCACCCUCGAGAAGCUUGGUCUCAGGGACAUCCCACGUUGGUACCGAGAAAAACAUAAUGUCAAGAGUAUUGCGGCUAGUAUUGAGAAUGCACGGGCUCGCGCGAACCGCUCCAACGUUCAAACUCUGCUUUAUUCUGGAAAACAGGAGCCUGAGCGCCUCGCAAUUGAGGCUUCCAAUAGUACCAUCAAUCCCAACAACAUGGGCCCCGGUUGUGCUGCUGCGCCCCCCGCUUCUAUCUCUGGUCCUAUCAGCCAAGUCAAUCUUGUCAAUGGACCGGGCACCAAUCAUCAUAUCACAGCAAAAAAUAAUGAAGUCUCUUCAACCGAAACGCCUGGACAUCGUCAGGGGUUCGACAUUCCCUCUCAUGGCGGCCCGACUGGAUUUAACAAAGUAAACAUUACCAAUUUGAAAGACAAAGAAAAUACUACAAAUAUGGACAAAGGUUUGCACUUCUACCGCCAAGCCUAUCCGAAUAUCCCAAAUGCUGUCGAGCACUUUACUGCAGCUAAGAAUGGGCAAAUCGGUACCAAUUACCACAUUCGCGCGAUGGGUCAGGCUCAAGCUAGCAGUGCGACCUCUAGCCAAGAUGGUCGAUUGACUUCUGUCCCAAAACAAGGCACAAAAUCGCUGUGGGCUCUGCAUCGUGGGGCUGUCGAUAUAUCAGAGCUUCCACUAUCUCCGUUUCCUGUUCCUAAAUCAAUGGGAGACUUUACCAUUAACCAAGAGCAGCCCAAGAAGCAUCAGAAGUCCCGCCGUCUGUAUCAACCCCGAAAUGACGCCAAAUCUACUAGCGGUCAGGAGAAGCUUGCUGCUAAUGAUGACACUAAACGCUUUUACCCCUUCGGUGUCGCCUCACCUCUCUCCGUGUCUAGGAUGUGUACACCAAACAUCGACACAAAUGUUGGGUCUUAUUGCUCUCCUAGUUCCUCUGGGAACAAUUCCUCUGCUCAAUCCACUCGUUCAAGCCUCGCAAUCGGUACCUGCACUAAGACUACUCCGGAAAAUCUUUAUUAUGAGCGCACUGCAAGUAUGACUAGCCGUGCCUUCGAGAAAAACAACUAUCCCCGUGAUGAUGGGGCUGAAUUUGACCUCUUUAAUCUAGGCGUAAAUGAUGAUGUCCCAGGUCAUUAUGCAGCCUUCUAA